AUGGGGCUGACCUUUGACCCGUGCCCUCCCCGUGAUUGACGGCAGUCGGUCAGCCAAUCGGUUGCAGGCUGGAAGGACGUGGCUCUCUCCGGCCGCCCCAGCGGAGAGGGCAGGAUGAAGGCUGCCCCAUGGGGUGAGCAGAGGAAGAGGACCAGGACCAGGCUCUUUGAGAGCCUGGCUCUCGUGGUCCUGCUGCUGUGUCCGAGGGGACGAGCCGGUGAAUGUAAGGGACAGCGGCAGCUGCUCAACCAACAGCCCGGCUACGUGACUGAUGGUCCCGGCAACUAUUCUGUCAACGGCAACUGUGAGUGGCUGAUCCGAGCCCCGAACAGCAGCUUCCGCAUCGUCCUGACCUUCAUGUUCUUGGACACUGAGUGUGCAUACGACUACCUGUUCAUUUAUGACGGAGACUCCUACAGCAGCCCACUCCUCGCUAGUCUGAGCGGGAAAACCCUGCCGGAGCCCAUCGAAGCACAAUCAGGAAAGAUGCUGCUCCACCUGUUCAGCGAUGCCAAUUACAACCUGCUGGGGUUUAAUGCCACAUAUAUCUUCACUCUCUGCCCCAUGGGCUGUUCUGGUCAUGGGAUGUGCGACCUCACUGGGACAUGCACCUGUCAUUCGGGUUGGAGUGGACAGGCUUGUGAAGUCCAGAACUGCAGUGAUUAUUGUGUGUCACAUGGACAGUGUAUCACGUCUCAGCAUUGUCAGUGCCAGCCAGGAUUUAUAGGUCACAACUGUGACCUUUCGCUCAAUGACAACCAAAGUGCAGGAAGCUGGUACAAUGUCAGCAGAUCAGAUCCAGAGUUUGUGGGACGCACAGCAGCUGCUGGGACAUUUCUGAACACCACCAACUCACUCUACAUCUUUGGUGGGUUUGACCUGAAUGAAGUCCUGGGUGAUCUUAUUCGAUACAACUUCACCAGUAACCAGUGGCAUCAGAGUUUACUCAGCCCCUCUCCGCCUGCCCGACACUCUCACUGUGCUGUCGAGUGGAAAGGAUGGAUGCUGCUGUUUGGUGGCCAGUUGGCGAAUGGUUCCCUGGCCAGUGAUGUCUGGCUGUACGAACCGCUGGCAGAGAGAUGGAAGCUGCUGUGGGCACUGAAUUCGCACAGCCCUCCGGGAUUGGCGGCACAUGCAGCCACUGUGGUGGAUCAUUACCUGUAUGUGUUCGGCGGUCGGACAGCUUUUGACAUGUUUAGUGCUGGGAUGUAUCGAUUUAACCUGAAGAAUCUGAUCUGGGAGGAGGUCAUUCCUACUGGAGGGAAGAGUCCGGCAGUGGCUGCUCACUCCAUGGUUUUCCAUCCAGCAUCACGCAUGCUGCUUGUCCAUGGGGGGCAUCGUGUCUCGCCAAGGUUCAGCUACCGGACUAACACCACCGACAUCUUCCACGUUGACCUGCGUUACUGGACCAGUUUCAAAUCGAACCCAUCAUCGAGCAGCCCGAGGGAGCGAGCCUUUCACUCUGCCACCAUCAUCGGCAACUAUAUGGUGGUCUAUGGUGGUAAUGUUCACAUUCACUAUCAUGAAGAGAAGUGUUAUGAUGGCGACAUCUUUUUCUACCACCUGGGCUGCCACCAGUGGGUCUCCAGCGAGGAGCUUGGCCUCUUGAUCAGCACUGGCGAUGGGCGAGAGAGUAAAUCCUUCCGAGGGCGAUAUUCCCAUGUUGCCGCGGUGAUGAACGGAAAUAUCCUGCUGGUUGCCGGGGGAUACAGUGGCCGACCUAUGGGUGACCUCAUAGCCUACAAGGUUCCAAUUUUCGUGUCUCAGGUGUUGGUCCAAAAUGUUCACCUGGAUUAUUGUUCGCUGUAUGGCAUGGAGCAGGUCUGUAACAGGGACCCUGACUGUGUGUGGUGUCAGGCUCGGUGUCAGAGCUAUCAACAGCACAGCACGUGUCCCCACGUGGGCUGUCUGGGAUUGGCGAAACUUCUUCCAGAUUGCCAGUCCUGUUUGGUGUUUGGACAGAGUCGGGUAUCACCCCCUCAAGGCCCAGGGUUACUCGGAUGGUGUGUUCAGACAGCUGGCUGCCUCCCUGUCACAGAUCAACACAAGUGUCAGGUGGAGCCAGUGUCCGGGAUCUACGGCUGGUGGGGAUCAGAAACGACCUUCAUCACAGCACUGGAACAGUGUCAGAGAUUAAACUUCAUGCCUGGUCUCCACCUGGUGACGUACAUGCAGCCUCGGAACAACUCACAGCCUGACAAAGUUGAGAUUAGCAUGAAACCGACGUUUGUCCAGAACCCGAGUGUGGAGCUGGACGUGGUGAUGGUCUUUCAGGGUUUCAUUUAUCCACUCUUUGACUCGCCUGCUCCUUCAGACAGCGUCCAGGUGAAGGUGCAGCUUCAGCGCUUGAAUGUUGUGGCGAAGAUAGGACGCACGGCCAACAGCUUAGAGAUGGAAGAGGUUGGGCACUGGGCUGGUCAACCAGAAAAGGAGACUCGACUCCUGCAGAGAAAUAGUGGAGACCGACUAUUCCCCAACCUUGAACGUGGGAAGAAGUACACAAUCCGCCUGGAGGGCUCGCUCAAUAACUCAGGCAAUGGGCAGACCAGUGAGAUGACACUCACCUGGGAGCGGUCCAACAUUGUGGACAUAUCAGGAAUCUCGUUCCACUUCCUGGAGCCAUUUCGGACAGAGGAAUGUGACUCUUACCCAUCCUGCCCGGCCUGCCUCGCUGAUCAGGGCUGCGGCUGGUGCCCUGACACCAGCAGCUGUCACCAGCGCAUAUCGGGUGUGGAUAGUCAGUGUGGGAGGAACAUGCACCUGGUCCUGUCUCCGGGGAGCUGUGUGUUAUGCAGCGAGUACACUGACUGCCGUUCCUGCAGCACGGACCCUUACUGCGAGUGGCAGAUCAACGGCAACAGGAAGGGAGAUUUCCAGUGUAUCCGGCAAGGAAGAUCAUCCAGCAGCAUCCGCUCCCCGGCCGGCUGCCCCAAACCCUGUCACCAGCUGUCAUCGUGCCGUGAAUGUCUCAGCAAUUCCAGCCAGUGUGCCUGGUGUCAGUCCACACGCACCUGCUUCCUCUUUACUGCCUACCUCGCCAAAUAUCCAUCCGGAGAGUGUCGGGACUGGUAUGACAGCAUUCACUCUGUCAGCCAGUGCAUGGAUUGCUCGCGAUUCCUCACCUGUAAGGACUGUCUGCAAAACUUUGAGUGUGGCUGGUGUGGAAACUCUGACAAUCCCACCAUCGGCAGGUGUUUGGCUGGGGAUUUCUCCAGGCUCCGAGGAUUUGAGAAUUGCUCUGCUGCACUAGUGGGUCUGUACAACCUGUCUGUCAGUGAGCCAGCCAGCUGGUCCUAUGGAGUCUGUCCCGAUAUUGAUGAGUGUCGCCUCCACAUGGACAACUGUAACUCGUUUGCCACAUGCAAGAACACCUUUGAAUCCUUCGAAUGCCAUUGUAACCGAGGAUACGCUGGAGAUGGCAGCUCAUACUGUAACAAGACGUGUUACAAUGACUGCACACACGGCUGGUGCAGUGGGCCCCCUCACUACUCCUGUAUGUGUGAACUGGGCUGGACCUCGGACACCGAGUCCAUCAAUCAGACCGGCAUCGAGUGUGAUGUCGAUUGUGGCUGCAACUUCCACAGCACCUGUGGCACCGGGAUCCGGAACUGCGAUGAGUGCCAGGACUGGACGAUGGGGCAGCACUGUGAGUUGUGCCGGCCUGGUAGUUAUGGCAACGCCACAGAGAAGGAUGGAUGUCGGCAGUGUGCGUGUAAUGGACAUGGUGCAAGCUGGCUGGGAGACUGCGAUGGAUCAACGGGCAGCUGCUUUUGCACUGAGAACACGGGAGGGACACACUGCCAGAACUGUGUCACUGGUUACUACGGAGACCCCCAGGAUAGUGGGACGUGCUACCGUGAGUGUGUGGGCCGAAUCCUAUUGAAGAACAUCUCCUCCUCAGCACUGGGCUCAAUGAGAGGACAUGGGAUCUCCACAAACGGGCUGGCCUAUUGCCUAUGGGUGCUGUCAACCUCGGAGUCUCUGGACUCCUGCCAGCAGAAGAGCAGCUGCCCUACAGUCAGCCUGACAAUUAGAUCGGACAUCAGGAUGAAGUGUGGCCAAAAUUAUGUUUACGUCUUCGAUGGAAUUCCGGAAUUCCUCAUGGACUCCGAGCUGGACAGUGCCAUCUACGCUGACCCCAACCUGAUUGGAGCCUUCUGUGGCAAUGGGCGCGAUGAGCCAAUCACAGUUGACGCUAUCUCAGGGGUGCUGACUGUUUACUUUGAAGCCAACGUUAGCAGCGGAGCAGGAACUGCCUUUGAAGGCUUCAAUGCUACCUACACCGUCAAUAAUUGCCAGCCCAGCUGCCAGCCCAACCAGCAGUGUCACCAGGGGCGCUGUGUGUGUACCAACCACUACACCGGACCAGACUGCACCCUGGAGAGAUGUCCCAACAACUGCUCGGCUCACAUACAGGCUGGGCACUGCCAUUCGGCCACAGGACUCUGCAUCUGCACUGAUGGAUUCGCUGGGAGUGACUGUGGAAUAGUUACCCAUUCCGGAAGUAUCAUCUGGGAGCCCAUCACUGACAGCAAGGAUGAUGGAGGCCCCUUACUGCGCCUUGGCCACUCGAUGGUGGAGGGCCCUGAUUCCAGCCUCUGGAUCUUCGGUGGUUUGUCUGUGAGAGAUGGGAUUUUGAACAGUAUUUACAAGUUUCCGGUGGCCGAUCAUCAUUGGAGCCACGAGAUGAGGACACAGGGUCCAGGUCCCAGUCCACGUUACUUCCAUGCAGCUGCCUCCAUUCUUUCCAGGGCCACCAUGUAUGUGGUUGGAGGACUCACCAACACUGGUGUGUCCAGUGACUUCUGGCUGUUCGACAUGACCACCCAGGAGUGGACCCAGGGAAAGUCUGAGAUUUUGCCCGCACUUGCUGGUCACACACUGAGUCAGUGCCGGAAUUCCACCUUGCUCCUCAUUGGGGGUUACUCCCCACAAAAUGGCUUCAACAAUAAACUGCUGGAAUACAAGAUCGACUCAGGAUCCUGGAGUGUGAGCCAACAUACAGGAACUGCACCCACAGGUCUGUAUGGCCACUCGGCAGUCUAUCACCAGGCCACUGAUGCUGUCUAUGUGUUUGGCGGCUACCGAUUUUACCUGGAGAGUGUCUCAGCUUCACGUGAAUUGUAUAGUUUAUACCUGCCGAACCUGACCUGGAGCCUACUUGCACCCUCCUACGGCCGAAAGCCCUUCUCCCGGUUUUUCCACAUAGCCGCGCUUUUCCGAGAUACAAUGGUGGUGGCCGGAGGCCGGACAGAGCAGGAAGACUUCAGCGCUGACAUCUUGUUCUACCAGAUCAACUGCAACACCUGGAUCACGCCCAAUAACACAGGGAGCUCGGUGCUUGGGGAGCCAAUGAAAGGCUCGAUUGCACACGCUGCAGUGGGGCUGAGGAAGAAGCUGUACAUCUCAGCGGGAUACGGGGGUGUCAUGCUCGGCUCAAUGGUGGCUCUCUCCAUCCCCCUGGAUCCCUGUUUAAUAUUCAGCAGCCCAGGAGCCUGUAACAGCAGCAGCAGCAGCUGCGUGUGGUGUCGUUCCGUUCGCAAUGGGAGCUGCUUGUCUGCAGAUGAAGCUGAGAGGUAUGGGUUGGAGUCCGGGAGUUCACUGUGUGACCCGCUCCCCAAGCUGUCUGAUGACUGUCGCCGUUUGAAAACUUGCAGCGAGUGUUUGGCUCGGCACCCCAAGGUCAUGGGGCAAAUGCAGAGACUG